AUCCGAAGCCGUCGCGCUCGUGAAAGAUGCGCGACCUUUAAGCGCUAGGAUUCUCUCUCCUUAGGUGGGAAAACAGAAGGUGACAACACCAUUUGAACUUCUUCUCUUAUAAGAGCUCUUCCCAUUUUAGGAAAAAUGAUUCUCGAUUUGCAGAGCUAGGGUUUUUCUCUUUUUCCAAACUCCUUUCCUCCAAUGGCAUUUUCGUAAAAAAAGCGUACAAGGGAUGGAGGCGAGUUCCAGAGGCUUAGCUGCUCCUUUCAGCUUCAGAAUCCGGAAAUUCUAUGCUUUCCCUCUCCCUCACCACGGACUGGACUUCCGGGUAUGUGGCCGAGAUCGACCGGGAAGGUUGAACGGCUUCCGUUGCUGCUGUUCCGAGACGGAGUUCCGGAAGCUUGCGCCGGCUAAGACAGGGAAGAAUACCGAGAAGAAGGUUGAGGAAUGGCCAUUCGAGCCGAAGAAGAUGAGCCAUCGGAGGGGCCGGAUCCGAGCGAUGCCUCUGCAGCCGUUCUCCUCUCCAAGACCACGGGAUGCUAACAAAAAAGAUGAGUUCCAUCUUCGGUGUACUCCAAGAAACUCUGGUCCGCAAUCACGUGAUACUCCACCUAAAAGAGACACUGGUAUCGCCAAUGAGAAGGAUUGGGGGAUCAACUUGGUAAAUGAAAAGGUCAACGAAUCUGGCACUAAUGAAGAUGGUAGUACUUGGUUCCGUGAAAGCGGAGAGGAAGUAGGAGAAAAUGGAUAUAGAUGCCGUUGGACUAGGAUGGGAGGUCGAUGUCGUGAUGGUUCCUCAGAAUGGAAAGAAACGUGGUGGGAGAAGAGUGAUUGGACUGGUUACAAAGAGCUAGGAGUGGAGAAAUCGGGAGAAAAUGCUGAAGGAGAUUCAUGGUGGGAAACAUGGCAGGAAGUUCUUCAUCAAGAUGAAUGGAGUAACCUCGCAAGGAUAGAGAGGAGUGCACAGAAACAAGCAAAAUCAGGAAAUGAAAAUGCUGGAUGGUAUGAGAAAUGGUGGGAGAAAUAUGAUGCAAAAGGUUGGACAGAGAAAGGGGCACACAAGUAUGGUAGAUUGAAUGAACAGUCAUGGUGGGAGAAGUGGGGAGAGCACUACGAUGGAAGAGGCUCUGUCCUCAAAUGGACAGAUAAAUGGGCAGAGACCGAACUAGGAACCAAAUGGGGAGACAAAUGGGAAGAGAAAUUCUUUGCUGGCAUUGGUUCCCGUCAAGGGGAGACAUGGCAUGUAUCACCUACUGGAGAUCGUUGGUCGAGGACAUGGGGUGAAGAACACUUUGGAAAUGGGAAAGUACACAAGUAUGGUAAAAGCACAACAGGAGAGAGUUGGGAUAUUGUUGUGGAUGAGGAAACCUAUUAUGAGGCUGAACCUCAUUACGGAUGGGCGGACGUAGUAGGGAAUUCAAGUCAGCUGCUAUCAAUCCAGCCACGAGAGAGGCCACCGGGUGUCUACCCAAAUCUCGAUUUUGGGCCAUCUCCACCAACACAAGAUGAUCCAGAUGAUCCACCAGACUUGCCCCCAUCUUCACAAUGAAAUGCCACUUGUGUUGUCUUUUUCUUUUUGCCUAGGCCUAGUCACAAAUAUUUAUUAUUGAACUCCCAUCUUUCUUGUAGCGGAAACUUGUGGACCAUUACUUAUCAAUUUAUUCAUUCUUUGGAAUUUGAACA